AUGCUUCUUUAUUCCUUAGUCAACAGACGCCAUAUCACCGGUGUUUUAAGCUCGCCUCGGGUCUUCAGCAAAAAAAGUGGAGUUUUGUCUGCUUCCAGUCAACGAGUAAAGCAAGAUGACCGACGUCCAGCCAAGAGAAGUAAAGAUUUUGGAGACAGCGGAGGACAUUCAAACACGACACGUUACCAGUUUUUCAAGAGAGAUGCAGAUGAAUUGGAAAGCUGGAUUUAUGAAAAGCUACAAACUGCUUCUGAUGAGAAUUACAAAGAUCCCACCAAUUUACAGGCCAAAAUCCAAAAACAUCAAGCAUUUGAAGCUGAAGUGGCAGCCCAUUCCAAUGCUAUUGUCAGCCUGGAUAAUGUUGGUAAGGAGAUGAUUGCGCAAGAACACUUUGCCUCAAAGACUAUUCAGGAGCGUCUGGACAAAUUGCAUGAAUUAUGGCAACUUCUUAUCUCUAAGUUGUCUGAAAAGGGUCUGAAGCUGCAACAGGCAUUGCGUCUCGUCCAGUUCAUGCGAGAGUGUGAUGAGGUCAUGUUUUGGAUUAACGACAAGGAAGCAUUCGUGACUUCAGAAGAGUUUGGCCAAGACCUUGAACAUGUGGAAGUAUUGCAGAAGAAAUUUGAUGAAUUUCAAAAGGACUUGGCAAAUAAUGAAGACAAAGUAACCGAGGUGAACACUCUUGCUGACCAAUUACUAUCUGAAAGUCAUCCCGAUGCUGAGUUAAUUACUACCAGACGACAGGAGGUGAAUGAAGCAUGGCAACGUUUGAAGUCUCGUUCAUUAUUGAGACAGGAGAGGCUUUUUGGUGCACAUGAAAUUCAGCGUUUCAAUCGAGAUGCUGAUGAAACUAUUGCUUGGAUUACUGAGAAGGAUGCUGUCCUCUCUUCGGAUGAUUAUGGCCGUGAUCUGGCCAGUGUGCAAGCCCUCCAGAGAAAACAUGAAGGUAUCGAACGAGAUUUGGCAGCAUUGGAGGAGAAGGUGACUUCGCUGGGAACUGAAGCAAAACGUCUUCAAGAGAUCCAUGCUGACCAGGCUCCACAGAUUGAGGUGAAGCAGCGCGAGAUUGAGGAGAACUGGCAGAGCCUUCGUGGCAAAAGUGAGUCUUAUGCUGCUGAGCGCAAAUCUCGUCUUGAUGAUUCCAACAACCUGCAUCGCUUCCUUGCUGAUUUUCGAGACUUGAUCUCUUGGAUCCACGACAUGCGUGCCAUCAUCUCUGCUGAUGAACUUGCCAAAGAUGUUGCUGGUGCUGAAGCUCUCCUUGAGAGCCAUCAUGAACACAAGGGUGAAAUUGAUGCUAGAGCUGACAGCUUUAAAGCUACCACUGAGGCUGGAACAAACUUAGUCUCAUCAGAACAUUAUGCUGCCAAUGAUAUUAAAGAAAAACUGCAAGAAUUGGCAGUUGAGCGCAACAAUCUCCUUGAGCUCUGGGAGGAACGACGUAUCAUGUAUGAACAGUGCAUGGAUCUUCAGUUGUUCUACAGAGACACAGAGCAGGCUGAUACCUGGAUGACUAAGCAGGAGGCUUUCCUCGCCAAUGAAGAUCUUGGAGACUCUCUUGACAGCGUAGAAGCUCUCAUCAAGAAACAUGAUGAUUUCGAAAAGUCUUUAGCUGCACAAGAAGAAAAGAUUAAGGCUUUGGAUGAAUUUGCUUCCAAAUUGAUUGAAAGUGAACAUUAUGCCCAUGAUGAUGUUGCAACACGUAGGGACCAGUUAUUGGAUCGUCGGAAUAAAUUGUACAAAAAAUCUGGCGAACGUCGAGAAAUGCUGGAAGCUUCAUCCAAAUACCAAAUGUUUGAAAGGGACUGUGACGAGACUAAAGGCUGGAUUAAUGAGAAACUGAAGACUGCAAGUGAUGAAAGCUACAAGGAUCCCACCAAUCUACAAACAAAAGUCCAAAAGCACCAAAAUUUUGAAGCUGAACUUGAUGCCAACAAGAGUCGCAUAGAUUCCAUUAAAGAAACUGGGGAAGAACUCAUCAAAGAAGAUCAUUUUGCUUCCGAGACCAUCAGAGAGAGAAUUGAUGAAAUUCAAAAACUAUGGGAACAGCUCUUGGAACAAACAGAAAAGAAAGGGAGUAACCUUAAGGAAGCUAGUUUACAACAACAGUUCUUCCGCAAUGUCACUGACAUUGAAGGCUGGUUAAGUGAUGUUGAGGGUCAGCUGAUGUCAGAAGAUUUUGGCAAGGAUUUAACCAGUGUGCAGAACCUGCAAAAGAAACAUGGAUUACUGGAAGCAGACAUUAUGGCUCAUCAAGAUCGCAUUGAUGGGAUCCAUGUUCAGGCUCAGACAUUUGUUGAAUCCAGUCAUUUUGAUGCUGAAAACAUUGAAAAGAAGGAAGCACAAGUCCUGAAACGCUACAACAACCUUCAGGAACCGAUGUCAAGUCGUAAACAAAAGCUUGAUGAUGCACUCUGCCUGCAGCAAUUCUUACGUGAUGUUGAAGAUGAGGAAGACUGGAUUAGGGAGAAAGAACCAAUUGCUGCUUCUACCAACAGAGGCCGUGAUUUGAUUGGAGUGCAGAGUUUGAUAAAGAAACAUCAAGGCCUGCUAGCUGAGCUGGCUGGCCAUGAAAGUCGCAUCACAAAUGUCUGUCAGCUAGGACAGGGGAUGAUUGGAGAGGGACAUUUCGCAGCUGAAGAAAUCCAGCAAAAGAUUCAAGAACUUGAGGAAAAGUGGACUGGUUUAAAAGACAAAGCAAACCAACGCAAACAAGAUCUUGAAGACUCUCUUCAAGCACAACAAUAUUUUGCUGAUGCCAAUGAAGGAGAGAGUUGGAUGAGAGAAAAAGAACCGAUUGCUGCCAACACUGAUUACGGCAAAGAUGAAGAUUCUGCUGAGGCUUUACUUAAAAAGCAUGAAGCAUUCUUUGCUGAUUUGGAAGCCUACAGGACAGUUAUUGAAGGACUGAGAGAACAGGCAUUAGCCUGCAAGCAACAAGAAGCUCCAGUUAUUGAUGACCUUGGUAGUGAGAAAGUGAUGGCUCUCUAUGACUAUACUGAAAAAUCCCCACGUGAAGUUUCUAUGAAAAAAGGGGAUGUCCUUGUGUUGCUUAACAGUGCCAACAAGGAAUGGUGGAAAGUGGAAGUGAAUGACCGCCAGGGCUUUGUUCCUGCUGCUUAUGUGAAAAAACUUGACCCUAGUCUUUCUGCCAGCCGGAACAACCUUAUGGAUGAAUUCACCAUUUCCGUACGACAGAAUCAAAUUGAAACUCAGUAUGCCAACUUAAUUGACCUUGCCAACCAGCGCCGUGAGAAGUUACAAGAAUCGUGCCGUGCUUACCAACUGGUGCGUGAAGCGGCAGAGCUGGCCUCCUGGAUCACUGAAAAAGAGACUGUAGUUGUCGCUCAAGAUGUUGGAGAAGAUCUUGAACAAGUUGAAGAAAUGCAGAAGAAAUUUGAUGACUUCCAGAAGGAUCUCAAAGCCAAUGAAGUCCGUUUGCAAGAGUUGAAUUCUAUUGCCGAUAGACUCACAGCUAUGGGACAAACCGAAGCUGCUGAAAAAAUCAGGGAACAGAUUGCUACACUCAACAAUCGCUGGGAGACUCUUCAGAUGGUCACCCAAGAAAGGCAACAGACUCUUGGCAGUGCUCACCAGGUGCAAAGAUACCACAGAGAUGUGGACGAGACCAAAGACUGGAUCUAUGAGAAGGACAUUGCUCUGAACAAUGACAACUAUGGUACAGACUUGAGCAGUGUUCAAGCUCUCCAACGCAAACAUGAAGGAGUAGAACGAGAUCUGGCUGCUCUUGGAGAGAAAGUAAGAGACCUUGAUUCAUCAGCCAAACGAUUGAUGGAGACCCAUGCUGAUCAAGCUGAAAGCAUUUAUGAACAUCAAACAGAAAUCAAUGAGAUGUGGAAUGAGUUAACAACAAAGGCUGAUGCAAGAAAAUCUAAACUGUUGGACUCUUAUGACUUACAACGUUUCCUUAGUGAUUACAGAGACCUCACCUCUUGGAUCAACAGCAUGAUGGCACUUGUGUCUUCAGAUGAGCUGGCUAAAGAUGUUACUGGUGCCGAGGCCCUGCUUGAGAGACAUCAGAUGUUCAGUUCUGAAAUUGUGAGCCAUUAUGGAAUCUCGCAGUACCCUGAAGAGGAAGAGGAGGAGGAGGAUGAGGAACAUCGCACUGAAAUCGAUGCCAGGGCUGGCACAUUCCAAGCAUUUGAAAUGCUUGGUCAACAACUGUUGCAGAACCAACAUUAUGCUAGCACUGAAGUACAGCAGAAACUUGAAGAUCUUGCUAAAUCCCGACAAGAAUUGGAACAGGCUUGGAUUACCCGCCGCAUGAAGCUCGACCAAUGCCUUGAACUCCAGCUGUUCUAUCGUGAUUGUGAACAAGCUGAAGCAUGGAUGGCAUCUCGCGAAGCUUUCUUGGCUGGGGACACUGUUGAUGGUGAUAAUGUGGAGUCUCUCAUCAAGAAACAUGAAGAUUUUGACAGGGCCAUUAACUCUCAGCAAGAAAAAAUUCAAGCUCUUGAAGCCUUUUCCCAGCAGCUCAUUUCUGCCCAACAUUAUGACAGUGAUGCCAUUACUGACAAGAGAGAUCAGGUUCUGGACAGAUGGACCAAGUUAAAAGAGGCUCUAAUUGAAAAUCGAUCCAAGUUAGGUGAAGCACAGUCUCUUCAACAAUUCUCUCGGGACGCUGACGAGAUGGAGAACUGGUUACAAGAGAAGAUCCAGAUUGCCAGUGAUGAAUCAUACAGAGAUCCUUCCAAUAUUCAGAGUAAACAUCAGAAGCAUCAAGCAUUUGAGGCUGAACUUGCAGCCAAUGCAGAUCGUUUACAAGCUCUCCUGUCUACCGGUAAUAACUUGAUUGAACGUCGCCAAUGUGCCGGCUCUGAGGAUGCUGUGAAGGCGCGACUGGAGAGUUUGUCCAGCCAGUGGGAAUCACUGGUGUCCAAAUCAACUGAAAAGAGUGAAAAACUGAAGGAGGCAAACAAACAACAAUCUUACAAUGCAGGAGUUAAGGAUAUUGACUUUUGGCUUGGUGAGGUGGAACAAAUGUUGGCAUCAGAAGAUUAUGGCAAAGACUUGGCUUCUAUCCAGAAUCUGUUAAAGAAACAUCAACUAUUAGAAGCUGACGUUGGUGCACAUGAGGACCGUAUUAAAGAUCUAAAUACUCAAGCUGAUCAAUUCUUGGAAGCUGGCUGGGACGUGGAGAGCAUUGCAGAACGCAAAAAGACCAUUAAUGAAAGAUAUGAAAAAAUCAAAGAGUUGGCUUCCCAGCGGCGUCUGCGUCUUAAUGAUUCAAAUACCAGGCACCAAUUCAUGAGAGACAUCGAUGAUGAAGAAGCCUGGAUCAAGGAAAAGAAAAUCCUUGUUAACUCUACUGAUUAUGGUCGUGACUUGACUGGUGUCCAGAACUUAAGAAAGAAACACAAGCGUUUAGAGGCAGAAUUAAACAGCCAUGAGCCUACAAUUCAGGCUGUCCAGGAAACUGGGCGUCGCUUGAUCACCGAGUCCGAUAUCAACGUUGCUGACAUUGAGGCUCGUCUCAACGGCUUGGCCCAGAGUUGGGAAGAACUUAAUCAACUGUGUGUCCACAGGGGUCAGAAGCUGGAACAGUCUUAUGCAUUCCAGCAAUUUACAGCGAAUGUGGAAGAAGAGGAAGCAUGGAUCACAGAGAAGCUGCAUUUGUUGUCUGGAGGAGACUAUGGUGACACCAUGGCUGCUGUCCAAGGUCUGCUCAAGAAACAUGAAGCCUUUAUUACUGACUUCCAAGUCCAUAAGGACCGAUGUGUUGAGAUCCAGCGGGAAGGACAGAAUCUAAUAGAUGAGGAAAACCACAAUGCUCCAGCCAUCCAACAACGUAUCAACAGCUUACAAGAGAAGUUGGCUUCACUGGAGAAUGCAGCAGCACAGAGACAUACAGGAUUGGUUGACAAUUCUGCCUUCUUACAGUUCAUUUGGAAGACCGAUGUUGUGGAAAGCUGGAUUGCGGACAAAGAGACCCAAGUCCGCUCCGAUGAUUACGGUCGAGACCUAUCUUCUGUACAAACCCUGUUGACCAAGCAGGAAACCUUUGAUGCUGGUCUGCAGGCAUUUGAGAAGGAAGGCAUUCACACUAUCACAGCCUUAAAAGAACAACUUAUCUUGUCCAACCAUGCGCAGACACCUGCCAUUGAAAAACGGUACAAUGAUGUAAUUGCCAGGUGGCAAAAGUUGUUGGCCGAUUCUGAAUCCCGAAAGCAGCGUCUCCUAAAACUCCAGGAGCAGUAUCGACAGAUUGAGGACCUCUACCUUACUUUCGCUAAGAAGGCUUCAGCAUUUAACAGCUGGUUUGAAAACGCAGAAGAGGACCUCACUGACCCUGUCAGGUGUAACUCAGUGGAGGAAAUUAAGGCUUUGAGAGAAGCCCAUGACCAAUUCAAAGCAUCACUGAGUGCUGCCCAAGCAGACUUCAAUCAACUGACAACUCUGGAUAAACAAAUUAAAAGUUUCAAUGUAGGCCCCAAUCCAUACACCUGGUUCAAUAUGGAGGCCUUGGAAGACACAUGGAGGAACUUGCAGAAGAUCAUCAAGGAACGUGAUGUUGAGCUGAAUCGAGAGCAGCAGCGCCAAGAGGAGAACGAUCAACUCCGCAAACAAUUUGCCCAAGCUGCUAAUGCUUUCCAUUCUUGGCUUACAGAGACAAGACUCUGGCUUCUGGACGGAGCUGCCAUGAUGGAAGGUUCUGGAAGUUUGGAAGAUCAAUUAGAAGCUGUAAAGCGUAAGGCAUCAGAAGUUCGAGCUCAAAAAGGUCAGUUGAAACGAAUUGAAGAUCUAGGAGCUGCCAUGGAAGAGAGAUUGAUUUUGGACAACAGGUACACAGAACACAGCACAGUGGGUCUGGCCCAGCAAUGGGACCAACUUGAUCAGUUAGGAAUGAGAAUGCAACACAAUUUAGAACAACAAAUUCAAGCAAGGAACCGCAGUGGUGUAUCAGAAGAUGCCCUCCGUGAGUUCAGUAUGAUGUUCAGACAUUUUGACAAGGACAAAAGUGGUAAACUUGACCAUCAAGAAUUCAAGUCUUGUCUCCGAGCCUUGGGUUAUGAUCUCCCGAUGGUGGAGGAAGGCCAGGUAGACCCCGAGUUCCAGGCCAUUUUGGAUAGUGUAGAUCCAAACAGAGAUGGGCAUGUCAGUCUACAAGAAUAUAUGGCUUUCAUGAUCAGUCGAGAAACUGAGAAUGUACAAUCCAGUUCUGAAGUGGAACAAGCUUUCCGUGCCCUCACCUCUGGAGAAAAACCAUACAUUACAGCCCAAGAACUUUAUGCAAAUCUGACCAAAGAACAAGCAGAUUAUUGUAUCAAUCGUAUGAAGCCGUACCAGGAUAAGACCGGGCGAUCAAUACCAGAUACAUAUGACUUCAUUGAUUUCACCAGAUCUUUGUUCAUCAAUUAG